CAGCAAGUGACUGGCAGAAGUUUUGGUGAGAAGGACUUUCGUUCUGGAUUAGAAAACGGCAUUCUUCUGUGUGAGUUGCUGAAUGCAAUAAAGCCAGGAUUGGUCAAAAAGAUCAAUAGACUACCAACCCCCAUUGCAGGUUUGGAUAAUAUCAUCUUAUUCUUAAGAGGCUGCAAAGAGCUGGGACUUAAGGAAUCUCAGCUGUUUGAUCCUGGUGACCUGCAGGACACCUCAAACAGAGUAACUGUCAAGAACACUGACUGUAGUAGGAAGCUGAAAAAUGUAUUAGUCACCAUUUAUUGGCUAGGAAAAGCAGCAAACAGCUGCGCAUCAUAUAGUGGAUCAACCCUGAACCUGAAGGAGUUUGAAGGUUUACUGGCACAGAUGAGAAAGGAAACAGAGGAUAUUGAGAGCCCAAAGCGCAGCAUUCGCGACAGCGGCUACAUAGACUGCUGGGACUCGGAGCGCAGUGAUUCCCUCUCCCCCCCGCGCCACGGCAGAGAUGAUUCCUUUGACAGUCUGGACUCCUUUGGCUCCCGCUCGCAGCAGACACCAUCCCCAGAUGUAGUGCUCAGGGGAAGCAGUGAUGGGAGAGGAAGUGACUCAGAAACUGACCUGCCACACAGAAAGAUGCCAGAUGUGAAAAAAGAUGAUAUGUUGGCGAGGCGGACCUCACACGGUGAACCUAAAUCAGCUGUGCCUUUUAACCAGUACCUCCCAAACAAGAGCAAUCAGACUUUCUAUGUACCUGCUCCACUUCGGAAAAAGAAAGCUGAACGAGAAGAGUAUCGAAAGAGCUGGAGCACUGCAACUUCACCACUUGGAGACAGACCUUUCAGAUUCGGCCCCAGAACUGCUGUGUCUGAUGACGCAGAGAGCGUGAGCAUGUUUGACAUGAGAAGUGAGGAAGAAGCCAUGGCUCAGCCUCACAGCAAAGCUCGCCAUGAAAAGCUGCAGAAUAUACACAACCAGCUGAAAGAGGAUGAGACCAGGUGGCAAGAUGACCUGGCUCGGUGGAAAAGUCGUCGAAGGAGUGCUUCCCAGGAUUUAAUUAAAAAAGAAGCUGAGAGAAAGAAAAUGGAAAGAUUAUUGUCUGGAGAGGGAACAAACGAGCGCAGAAAAAGCAUCAAAACCUAUCGAGAAAUUGUGGAAGAGAAAGAGAGAAGAGAACGGGAGCUUCAUGAGGCUUACAAGAAUGCAAAGACCCAGGAGGAGGCUGAAAGCAUUCUCCAGCAGUACAUCGAGAGAUUCACCAUUAGUGAAGCAGUCCUUGAGCGCUUGCAGAUGCCAAAAAUCCUGGAAAGAAGCCAUUCAGUGGAGCCAAAUUCCCCACUGAAAGACCCGAAUCCUCUGAGAUACUUAAGGCAACAAUCGCUGCCUGCUCCAAAAUUCACUGCCACCAUUGAAGCAACCAUUGUUCCCACCACUGAACUAGAGCCCAGUGGUUCAGCAGGCCGCACAUCUCCCAGCAAAAGUGUUAUCUCCAAGGCUGUGCCUAUGCUGACACCCAAGCCUUAUUCUCAACCCAAAAAUACACAGGAAGUUUUAAAGAACUUUAAGGUAGAUGGAAAAGUCAGCAUGAAUGGAGAGAAUUUCAACGGCGUUGAAGAGAAGGAUAAAGAGUGUACAACAGUAAUAUUUACUCAAUCGCCAAGCAGAUCUCUGAAAUUUGACGGAGUAGCCAGCGGGGACAGGCCCCCCAUAGAGUUGAAGAAGGACCCCACAAGUGUUGAGCUCAGUUUACAGAGGCCUGCCACUCAGAGUGUGCACAGAGAGCCAACAACCUUGCCAGGGGAAGCGGAUCCGGCCACCAGCCAGCAGGCAGAAGGCAGCCCUGGAGCAGUAGGACAUGGGAGCCCAGCAGAGCUGUCCCCAGGUUCAGAACAAAAGCAAUUCAAGUCAACUGUAGUUUGUGCCAGCCCUGUUGUGAAGAGCUUAGAAUUUUCUCCUAGUCCUGUCCCUCCUGAGGAAACUGCUCCAUGUGAGAAAGAUGUGAAGAAACCUGAAAUGGAGAAGCAGAAGGAGGCAGCGCUCCCUGCUAUGCAGGAGGUAAUGAAACCGAAUGCCCUAGAACAAGAAGGGAGUGUAGUAUUGCCGUUUUUGAAGAAACUGCCAGAGACCAGCCAGGUCACUCUGCAUAAUUCUGAUCUGCAAGCUGAUUCUGGCAACAGUGACAAAUCAAAUCGUUUCAAUUUCUGGUCCUGGGACCCAGAAGAAGAGCGGAAGCGGCAGGAGAGGUGGCAGCACGAGCAAGAACGCCUGCUUCAGGAGAAGUAUCAGAAGGAGCAAGACAAACUGAAGGAGGAAUGGGAAAAGGCACAGAGAGAAGUUGAAGAGGAGGAGCGUAGAUACUAUGAGGAGGAACGUAAGAUAAUUGAGGAUACUGUAGUUCCAUUCAUUGUUUCUUCAAAUUCGGCAGAACUCCUCUCCUCUUCCUCCUCUACCACUGAAGUAAAUAAAACAGCGAACGCAAGUGAUUCAAAUGGCUCUCCAGAGGAAGGCAAACCAAAAGAAGUUACAAGGCAGAAAAAGCUGCUUUGGGAACAGGACAGUAUGCCAUCUCUGAAAAACAAGGAAAAUGAACGCUGGCAAGAAAAGAGGAGCAGUGGAAAUAAGGUGCUGCCAGGACACCCAGAGAUGGGUAUCUUGAAAGGAGGUGACCAGGAGCACCAGGUGCCGGUGAUGGAGCGCUGCUCGCCUGCCCGGUUGAAUCUGCCAUUGACUCAGGAUGUCCCAUGGAACCAGCAGCUGCUGACGAAGCAGUCCCCGCAGCGCGCAGAGGACACCCGCCAGAGACCGCUUCUGGGGCAGCAGCCGAGCUCCACAGGGGAAGGGAGGAGGGCAGGCUGUCAUGAGAACUUUCGAUCCGGGCCAUCGUCUCCCUGCUCACCUGCUGCACCAAGUCAGUCACCCAACAGGUCUGUCAGCGGAAAGAAGCUUUGUUCCACCUGUGGGCUUCCUCUUGGCAAGGGAGCUGCCAUGAUUAUUGAAACGCUUGGUCUUUAUUUCCAUAUUCAGUGUUUCAGGUGCGGCAUUUGCAAGGGACAGCUGGGAGAUGCAGCAAGUGGGACAGAUGUCAGGAUUAGAAAUGGUCUUCUGAACUGCAAUGAUUGUUACAUUCGAUCCAGAACUGCUGGACAGCCGACUACAUUGUGACAUGACUUUCAGUGCUAGUAACUUUCAAGAAGGAACUCUCUUCUCACAUGUAUCGGCUGCCUCCAGACAAUCAUCUGUAAGAGCAUGAAUUCAUGGACAUCGUGGCUCUCGUCUCAUUUUGAAAAACUCAUACAAGUGCUGCACCUGCUCCCUUAAAAUGCAAUAUGUUGGUUUUCCCUUUCUUAAGAAAUUUGCAAAAUAUGUAUGACUGUAUUUGUUAAGGCAAAGCCUAAGUACUAUAACAACAACAACAAAAUCCCACCUUUUCAGGUAUGUUUAUGAUUUUCAGUCUGUUACUUUGUUUUCCUGAAAGUAAUAAGAAAAUAAACAUGCAAUAAAGCUGUUUUGUGUUAACAUUUCUAGGAAUUAAAAUUUUGAGUUUACAGAACCUUUAUAGAAUAUGCCAAGUUGAGAUGAGAAGUAAUUUUAAGAUAGCAUCUAAUCAGUGCAUUUGAAAAACUAAGCAUCACAGCACAUGACUGCUCUGUUAUAACUGAAGCUAUAACUUUUUUUAUACAGAGACUAGUUUGAUAAUACAUCCUGUAAUUCUGAGACGUUUUGUGUUUAUAUUACCUUCAGCAGAGGGUAGGAGUUAUACAAAUAAAUUAUUGCACCUUUAGCAAUAGGAUUUUUUGUUUGUGUACCUCAAGUAAUGUUCAUGACUAUAGCUUGAUAUUCUCUCAAAUAAAGAUUUCUUCAUUAAACCUAAAGACUGUAUACCGUUAACGACUGCAAGGUUCCCAUCAGGAGCAAUCCUCCUCAGCAGGUUCAGAAGCCAGUGUUGCUAUGAGGUUUAAGGACGGGGUGAUGUGAGGGGAGGCUGCGGAGUGGGCGGACACAAUGUCUUGUGGGUCUGUGAGCUGCAGUGCGAUGGUUACAGGGAAGCUUUCCUGGUUGUGCAGCAUCCCACUGAGGGGCUGAGUUGUUCUGAGGUCUGCUGUUCCACUUGCGUGGUUGAAAUCUCAUGGGGAGAAAUACGCGUGUGUUUGGCCCUCUCCAGAGUCCUUCCAUUAGUUCAGCACUGAAUUGCACAGCUGUGAAGCUCUGUUUUCCAUAUAUCCUCCCAGACAAAAUGAGCAAAACCGACGAGCGUGGAACGCGGGCACGGAAGCUGAUAGUGACAGGCAAUGGCUUGCUCCAGUGUUUGUUUAUGCUUUUUGGUGAAGUGUGUGCUCCUUGUGAAGUGUUCCUGCAGCUUGUGGAAAUAGCAGCCAGAGCUGUGUGAACUUGUCAGAACGCACAGAUGAGUUUAGAUGAUGUUGUGGUACAGCUGUAAAAUAGAAAGGAAAUGCUUAUUUGCAGUAUCCCAUUUUAGCUGUUUGCAAUGCAACUUAAAUAAAAGGAAAAACAUCAACUUAUUCUGCCUUAGAACUGUGAUUAAGUUACAGAGAUUUAUGUACGUACUCAUUCAUUUGCUUUUGAUUUGCUGAGAAACGGAAAUCAAGUUGUUAUUAGGACAGCAAUAAUUUGGGGUUGUAGCAUAGCUGACAACGAUUUGUUUAAACAAAGGCAACUGCUUGCAUGUGAGUUGCACACCGAUUGAGAACCGCGUGUCGCUGCCAACACGCACACAGUGCUGUCAGCUGGGGACAUCGUGGCGAUGGGCUGGGAAGUGUCGCUUCCUUAAACUGUGCCUUAGAAAACAUGAAGCUGUUGCACACCAUCAGCGAUGACUCAUGGAUGCAAUAUAUCCCAAACCAUGAAGUCCUUCAUGGGCUUCACCUGGGGAAUAAUUUUUAAAAAACUGAAAAUCGGAAAAAUGUUUUGGGAGUAGAACAGUGAAGCCCAAUAUUUUGAUUAACCCUUGGCGUGAUUUAUUGUUAGCAGGUUUUGAUAACCAGCAUGUUUACCCUUUGCAUGUGGUCAGCGUAAUGUUUUCCUGCAGAUAAUGCAUAACAUGAAAAUGCAAAAAGCAGAUUUUAUAAACUGCUUCAUUCAUCUGCGCAGUUCCAUGUGCUGCAUUAAGGGUAUGUGAACAUACACAGUGCCUGGGCCUAAGUUUUGAAGAAGACCUUUAAUGCAUGCUUGUGUGUCUGUUUGGUCCCAGUCACCGCUUCCCCCCGUGCUGUAGUGUAGGUGUGCAGGAGAGCUGGUGUCACAGAUGGGGUGUGCUUAUCCUUAACCUUAUGAGGAGAGCCCCAGCUGUCUGGAGCAUGCAUGGGACUGAAAUGCAUGAGCAGGGAUUGGGCACAGUGUCUCUGGGCUGCUCAGCUUAUCCCAUGUCUGUCCAUAGUGUCAGAUGUGCAUGCUGUCAUGAAUAUGAUGGUAUGUAAAGCAAAAAGAAGCAACAGAGUCCUUAGGCUUCAGAUUUUCCCCUAGUGAGCAUCUGUUCACCAGCACAGAAUAAUUUUCAACAGUUUUCUAAAUCAUACUUACCAACAGCUUACAUUUGAUUUGUAUUUCCUUUGGAAUCUUGCAUGGCAAAUUCAUUCAGGCUUAUUUCUUUUAUUUCCAUUCUUUCCUGUUUCAACACACGACUAUGAUACAUUUCUUAUCAGGAACUUUAAGCACAGAAAGAAAAUAACGCUUCACAACAGUUGAAUUACAAUGUAAAUGCAUUUGUUGCAAAAAGGAUUUAUUAUUGCUAAGCACGUACAACGUAUGUAAUGGGCUUUAAAUGUUUCAAAACUUAUUUAGCCUCUCAUUACUCCAGAAAACCUGACCAGGUGUCAUAGCCCAUCUGUGUCCCACUGCCCCUCUCCCCGUGGUGUGUUUUUCCUUACUUUGCUGCGUAGUGUUACUGACACUGCACAUCUGUAGUUUCCAAUCAGUGUCCCAAAGGUCAGUGCACUGGAGGGGACCAUCCUACGUGCGUGUCCAGACAGGGCAGGGAUUGCUGUCCUUGCUGUGCUGAUGUUGAAUACCAUUUACACUUAUCUUUCCUUCUUUUUAUUUAUUCUAAAAUGCCUCUGGAAAUUGGGAAAAAAUUGUCUAA